GUGGGAGCGGAGGGCGCGGGGCCGCCAUGGCCGACGGCGAGAAGCUCAACUUGGACUCCAUCAUCAGCCGCCUGCUGGAAGUGCAGGGCUCCCGGCCCGGGAAGAACGUGCAGCUGACGGAGAACGAGAUCCGGGGCCUGUGCCUUAAGUCCCGGGAGAUCUUCCUGAGCCAGCCCAUCCUGCUGGAACUGGAGGCCCCCCUCAAGAUCUGCGGCGACAUCCACGGCCAGUACUACGACCUGCUGCGGCUCUUCGAGUACGGGGGCUUCCCUCCCGAGAGCAACUACCUCUUCCUGGGCGACUACGUGGACCGGGGCAAGCAGUCGCUGGAGACCAUCUGCCUGCUCCUGGCCUACAAGAUCAAAUACCCGGAGAACUUCUUCCUGCUGCGGGGCAACCACGAGUGCGCCAGCAUCAACCGCAUCUACGGCUUCUACGACGAGUGCAAAAGACGCUACAACAUCAAGCUCUGGAAGACCUUCACCGACUGCUUCAACUGCCUCCCCAUCGCGGCCAUCGUCGACGAGAAGAUCUUCUGCUGCCACGGGGGGCUGUCCCCGGACCUGCAGUCGAUGGAGCAGAUCCGGCGCAUCAUGCGGCCCACGGACGUCCCGGACCAGGGCCUGCUGUGCGACCUGCUGUGGUCCGACCCGGACAAGGACGUGCAGGGCUGGGGCGAGAACGACCGCGGCGUCUCCUUCACCUUCGGGGCCGAGGUGGUGGCCAAGUUCCUGCACAAGCACGACCUGGACCUCAUCUGCCGCGCGCACCAGGUGGUGGAAGACGGCUACGAGUUCUUUGCCAAGAGGCAGCUGGUGACGCUCUUCUCGGCCCCCAACUACUGCGGCGAGUUCGACAACGCGGGCGCCAUGAUGAGCGUCGACGAGACGCUCAUGUGCUCCUUCCAGAUCCUCAAGCCGGCCGACAAGAACAAGGGCAAGUACGGCCAGUUCGGCGGCCUGACUCCCGGGGGCCGCCCCGUCACCCCCCCCCGCAACUCGGCCAAAGCCAAGAAGUAGCCCCUUCUCCCGGCCCCGGGUGGGGACCCGGGGGCCGGGGGCGGACACGGGUGGUUGGCACGGGGCGAGCACUGAGGCCGGCAUC